CCUGUCCACACACACACACACACACACACAGAGGCAGAGACGAUCUGUGCGCCGCUGUCCAGCAGCGCUCAUGCCCGCUGUGUGUGCGUCUGACUCCGGGAGGAUGGACGGAGUGUCGCUGGGACACUGCCUCUCAUGUCUCACCAGUCUGGUGGCCACGCCGGCCUCGCCGCGUCCGAACUGCGCCACCGACUCCGAGGAGGACACGGUGAAUGGAGGGAUGCACACCUUCAACCAGACGCACACGAGGAAGGCCUUCCAGAUGAUGAACGACCUGCGCAGUAAAAAGAUGCUGUGUGACGUCCAGCUGGUCGCGGGCAGUGUUGAAGUGCCGGCUCACAGGGUGGUCCUGGCGUCCUGCAGCCCUUACUUUUGUGCCAUGUUCACAGGUGAUAUGAGCGAGAGCAAGGCCCAUCAGGUGGAGAUCAGAGAGGUGGACGGGCAGACUCUGAGAAAACUGGUGGACUACAUCUACACGGCCGAGAUCGAGGUCACCGAGGACAACGUCCAGGUUCUGCUGCCAGCAGCCAGUCUCCUCCAGCUGAUGGAUGUCCGUCAGGUCUGUUGCGAGUUCCUGCAGUCGCAGCUUCACCCCACCAACUGUUUGGGCAUCAGAGCCUUCGCCGACCUGCACACAUGCACGCAGCUUCUCAACCAGUCCCACGCGUACGCCGAGCAGCAUUUCACGGAGGUGGUACAGGGCGAGGAGUUUCUGGGCCUUUCUCUGCAGCAGGUCUGCAGCCUCAUCUCCAGUGACAAACUCACCGUUUCCACAGAGGAGAAGGUGUUUGAAGCCAUGAUCGCUUGGAUCAAGCACGAUAAGCCAGCUCGCCUCGAGUACAUGCCCAAACUGAUGGAGCAUGUCAGACUUCCACUGCUGUCCAGGGAUUACCUGGUGCAGAUUGUGGAGGAGGAGGCGUUAAUCAAGAACAACAACACCUGUAAAGAUUUCCUCAUCGAGGCCAUGAAGUAUCACCUGCUGCCGGCCGACCAGCGGCACCUCAUCAAGACGGACAGGACCCGACCACGAACUCCCAUCAGCAUCCCAAAAGUGAUGAUCGUGGUGGGCGGUCAGGCUCCGAAGGCGAUCCGCAGCGUGGAGUGUUACGACUUCCAGGAGGAUCGUUGGUACCAAGUGGCGGACCUGCCUUCGAGACGCUGCCGGGCAGGUGUGGUUUCCAUGGCAGGUCGUGUGUAUGCAGUCGGCGGCUUCAACAGCUCACUGCGGGAGCGAACGGUGGACGUGUACGACGGAGUGAGAGACCAGUGGAGCGCGGUGGCGAGCAUGCAGGAGAGGCGGAGCACACUGGGAGCUGCCGUGCUCGGGGAUUUACUGUACGCCGUGGGAGGAUUUAACGGAAGCAUAGGUUUGUCGACAGUCGAAGCGUACAAUUAUAAAACUAACGAGUGGACGUACGUGGCCUCCAUGAACACACGGCGCAGCAGUGUGGGUGUCGGGGUGGUCGACGGUAAGCUGUAUGCAGUCGGAGGAUAUGAUGGAGCGUCGCGUCAGUGCCUCAGCACGGUGGAAGAAUACGACCCCGUCACCGAUCAGUGGUGCUACGUCGCUGACAUGAGCACACGGCGCAGCGGAGCAGGUGUGGGUGUGCUGAGCGGUCAGCUGUACGCAGCAGGAGGACACGAUGGUCCUCUGGUGAGAAAGAGCGUGGAGGUGUACGACACGCAGACCAACAGCUGGAGACUGGUCUGCGACAUGAACAUGUGCCGACGAAACGCAGGGGUGUGUGCCAUUAACGGGCUGCUGUACGUGAUCGGAGGAGACGACGGCUCCUGUAACCUCUCCUCCGUCGAGUUUUACAACCCGGCCACAGACAAGUGGAGCCUCAUUCCCACAAACAUGAGCAACGGACGCAGCUACGCCGGCGUCGCAGUGAUCGACAAGCCGCUAUGACCCGCGGCGGCGGCUCUGCGUCGGAGACUCUCACCGACGUCUGAAGCUCAACGGGCAGAACAGAGAAGUAACGCCACGAGAUGAACUCUGUCCACACGGACGGGACGCCCUCGGUCCUCAGCUGCUUUUUGCGGCGCUUAAACCACAUCCCGGAUUUGUUGCUGCUGCACUGGAUGAGAAGCAGCAGCCGCGGGAUGCUGGGACUUUGUCUUGGUGUGAAGUUCAAAUGCCAAGCACGGAACAAGCAGCUGUAUCAGCUGACGUGGUGGGACGCUGAGGUUUUACCCGGGGCACGCCGCGGGAGCCAAUCUUUUCUUUUAAAUUAUGAGACUUGCCACAGUUCACUAGAGUUUAAAUCAGCUGCUCAGCUUGACUUUUAAGAACCAAGUUGUCUGAUUCCUGUGCCGGCCGUCAGCAGGUCCAGCAUGCGAGUGCGAGGCCUGGACCUGAAGGGCUGCAAGAUAAUUUAAAGAAUGUAAAAACAUCUUAUAUGCAAAUCAGCUGUCGUAUUUAAUACUUUUGAGAUUUGUUUUUAGGUUUGAAGCCACUCGCUGUGGUGGAUUCAGACCCGGGCUGGCAGGUCUCCUGCUGUGGACACACUACUGAUGCACUGAUCACUUGCACUGACUGAAGCAGAGACGUCUGCCCGUCUUUCUGACUGACCGACCGGAUCGCUGACCUGCUGUCAGACAAAGACGGCCGCUCGGCUCGUCCUGUCUCCGUUCCCGAUCGUACUCAUCGUGCGAUGCGUUCAAGGCCAAUAAUUUCAUCCAAAAUUGUAAGAAGAAAAAAAAAAAGUGCCAGUCAGGACGAUCAGAACCGUCACGUGGUGUUUAGUUCUGUGUCAAAAUGCACUGUAGACAUUCAGCUGUACAGAUUCUAACGUAAAAGAAGCAGGGUCAAAGAUUUUCUAUUUAUUGUUUUGGACGUUUUCAUUUCCUCAGCCCGCCGUUCACUCACGUUCACUCACGCGACGGUGGGUUUGUUUUAGGUGCCAUAGAUUUUUGAAUUUUUCAGAAAGGUGUCCUCAGCCAACCUUUCACCUCCACCUGCAAUCAUCCACGAAUCAUGCAGUAACUCAAAACCAUACUGAUGUUUUUUACAGUCCGUGCGACAAACCACACGUUUAGACUGUCUUCCAGGAAGUUCAGUCCGUAUAACUACAGUAUGAACUCAACUUGAAGCUCGUCACUGUGGAAAGUUAAUGAGGGAAUCACGCUGCUGCUAUGAUUGCGCUGUAACGCCGGUAAAUAGUUCAAGUGUCUGCGAGUGGGAAGCGCACAUAACAAAGAUUUAACACAGACUGUCGAGCACGAAGCGAUCUCAGCAGCUUCUUUAUUUCAAAAUCCGGCAUCGAAAUUCCUGAUCUCGUUCAUCCACGUUGUAGAUUUCAUCCAUGAUGAUGCAGCGUUGCAUCGAAGGUGAAAAUGUGGGAAUAAUUUUAGUGCACGUGCAUAUUUUCGGUUCCAGUUUGGUGAGUUUUUGCAGACACUACACAAGUGAAGGCACUUUACAGCACGUACGGGGUGAUUCACAGCACAAUGAUGGGCGAUGAAGCCUCCCAUCAGAGGAAACUUUAACUGUCACUGCUCCGUCAAAUACAAACUACUCAACCGGCUGCACAAGUCUCGAGCCUCUUUAGUUGAUGUUCACAUUGUUGUGUAUGGAAUCUAAUAACACUCGUACUGUAAACAAUAAUCAGCAGUGAUGUUCAAACUAUAUGCAAUAUGAUGGGCUAAAACAUAAACAAACAAAACAGCAGUACGGUCGAGGUUCAGAGUCCUUUUAGUUCUGGAGCUUUCGACCGUCACACAUUCCUCAUCCUCCUCGUCCACGUUGAAGCUCAGCUGAUGAAGACUUUUCAGAUGAAUGACGUUCCUACUAAGCGCAGAUGUUCUAUUUUUAAUAUCGGACUGUGGCUGUCGUGAGCGGUCGACAUCGUGAGUUCAUUCGUUGACGUGUGUUUGGUUGGAGCUCGUGCACUGUACUUUACAGGUGACUUGAAAUCAUUAACACAAAUACUAAGCGGGCUUUCUUUGCUCUGACUUGUGCUGCUUCGUCUGAACUCGUGAGAAAUAUGCAUUACGGAUGUUUAUUUGUUUUGUUUUUAUAUGAAAUGAACUAAAGCUGACUCUGUAGAAAUGACGGAUUAACACGAGCAGGGAUUUUCAUUUAAAGAGCACAACGGAUUUGACUUUGAGCAGAGAUCUGCCUCGCGUGUCACCGUCUACGAGACGCUGUUGAGAAGUUUCAUCACAAAAUAAAUAAAUAAUCCGCCACUCAGUAAAAGUACGCCUGAUCUGCCAAGAUAACAAAACUGAAAUAAAAAUCAUGAUGUAUGCUGAGGACAA